GGCUUUGACUCUGACCGUACUCAUAAGUAUCUUGAUUUAUUAGACAUAUUCAGUGCUCGAAUAAUCUCUCAAAAGAUGCAGAGGCUACAUGUUUUCUCCCUUCCUACGGAGCUCCUCGACACUCUUACACCCAGGAAUCUCGUCAAUCAAGAACUACCAAGACGAGCGCCUUCGCCUUCGCCACCUGCUGAACCCACAUUGACCAACUCUCGGGCGUGUAACAUAUGCAAUGGUGCCACAUUUCUCGAUGUCUCUGAGCAGAGAAGCCAUUAUCGAUCCGAUUGGCAUCGAUAUAACGUCAAAAUCCGUUUAAGUGGUGGUUCGGCUGUAAACGAGUCAGAAUUUGCUCAGCUAGUAGACGCCCUCGACGACUCGAUAUCGGGGUCUGAGUCCUCAUCUAACGAAGGUAGCUCUGAAGAUUCCGAUGCCGUUGCUGCUCUCGUCGGCAAAACAAAACGCGCGAUUCGUUCUGCGUCCCCAGAGUCUGUCGCUAGGUCAAGCCCACAGACCGCCUUGACUUGGUUCCAUUCCCCACCUGCGACACAGAUUGGCGUCUAUCGAGCCUUGUUUCCAUCGGCAUCCCAUUAUCUGGAGGAACUAAAAGCAAUGCAAUCAUCGACACAAGAUAGGACGUGGACGCUGUUUAUGGUUGCCGGUGGUCACUUUGCUGGUGCGGUCGUGCGUGUCAGCAGAUCAGACAAUGACAAAAAGGAGGAGGCAGAAGCAUCCCAGGGGAAGAAAAAGCCAAAACGCCCGAAGCCCGAAAUAGAGGUGCUGAAACACAAGACAUUCCAUCGAUAUACCACACGUCGGAAACAAGGAGGAUCACAAUCUCUCAACGACAACGCCAAGGGUAAUGCAAAGAGUGCCGGUGCUUUGCUCCGCCGAUAUGGUGAACAGGCCUUGCGAGAUGACAUCCGCAAUUUGAUCAAUGACUGGCAAGAAGAGAUUAAUGACAGCGAAAGGAUCUGGAUCCGAGCCAGUGGGUCUAAUCGCAAAAUUUUCAUGGAUUAUGAUGGUUCCAUCAUCAGCAAGAGUGAUACCCGUCUCCGUACUUUCCCUUUCCCAACGCGUCGCCCCACCCAGGCCGAACUCACAAGAUGUCUGAACGAACUAACGGCGGUGAAAGUAUCGCACCUUACCGAAGAAGCCUUACGUGCACAGGAUGAGGAAUACUUAGCCAGUCUUCCGAAACCCAAACCAACUCCCACCGUAGCAGCGCCUAAAGAACCCGCGGAGAAAGUAAAGGCUCCACAACUUUCGAAGGAAGAAGAGUCAUUCCGCGACAAAUGGUUCCGUGUCGUAGACAUGACUCGGAAGGGCAGGCUUGAACCGCUGAAAGCUUUCUGGGAACGUGAGGGUCCGGGCAUGGGAGGCAUUGAUGCGUCAAUUCCGGAGUGGACUAACGAGCGAUGGUGUACCCUCCUUCAACUCGCAGUUCAUGCCGAGCAAGAAGAUGUGGUGCAUUGGCUCCUAGAGGAUAUGAGAGCAGACCCCACGAUACCAGUCCCUGCUGGGAAAAGUGACGAAAUCCCUGAAGACAUAGAAUCUACCGGCAAGAUUACCGGUCGCACAGCUUAUGAUCUUGCUCAAACUCGGACGAUCAGGGAUGUGUUUCGUCGCUCGGCUGGACUCCAUCCUGAACGGUGGGAUUGGUUCGGUGCUGCUCGAGUUCCGAGCGCUUUGAGUAAAGAAAUGGAGGAUGAUCGGGAAGAGAAGAAGAAGGGUCGCAGAAAAGCUCUAAAGGAUCGAGUGAAGGAGCGGGAAACUAGGGAAAAGGAUAAGCAGGUGGAACCGUCAUUUGUCGCGUCUGAUGUUCCAUUAGCGCCAUCGGUUAAGGCCGAUAUUCCUUCAGGUCCUAGAAAGCUGGGAGGGACGGCAGGUUCAUCAGAAGCUACGGCAGGCUUGAAUUCAGAGAUGCGGGCUGUAGUAGAGCGUGAGAGACGCGCCAGAGCCGCGGAAGCUCGACUGAAGGCAUUCUCGAAAUAAAUUUUAGGGAUGAAGACAAUACAUCAUUUCGUUUCGAGCCUAAUGCAGAACCCAAACCCAAGUCACUUAAGAGAGUUUAACAGCCCAGCCAUUUGUAGGUUACAACCGCUAGAACGGCUCCGAAAUAGAUAAUAUUGAACUUACGA